GGCGGGUGGGGAGGUGCGUGUGCGUGUGUCCGCCGUGCCGCGUACACGUCGGGAGGGUCUCCGCUCUGCCGCUGUGUCCCCUCACCGGGAGCGGAGCUUCGGUCCGGCUGUGGCAGAGCGGCGCCGCAGCCAUGGACGACGAGCCCGAGAGGACUAAGCGCUGGGAAGGAGGCUACGAGAGAACAUGGGAAAUACUGAAAGAAGAUGAAUCCGGGUCGCUGAAAGCAACCAUCGACGAUAUCUUGUUCAAGGCGAAGAGGAAAAGAAUCUACGAACACCAUGGACAAGUCCGGCUGGGAAUGAUGCGCCACCUUUAUGUGGUUGUCGAUGGAUCAAGAACUAUGGAGGACCAAGAUUUAAAACCGAACAGACUUACUUGCACUUUGAAGUUACUGGAAUAUUUUGUUGAAGAGUACUUUGACCAAAAUCCUAUUAGUCAGAUGGGCUUAAUUGUAACCAAGAGCAAAAGAGCUGAGAAAAUGACUGAGCUUUCAGGUAACCCAAAAAAGCACAUAGCUGCUCUGAAGAAAGCAGUGGAUAUGAACUGCCAGGGAGAACCAUCUCUGUAUAAUUCCCUAAAUUUGGCCAUGCAGACUUUAAAGCACAUGCCAGGACAUACCAGCAGAGAGGUUUUAAUAGUCUUCAGCAGUCUUACAACAUGUGAUCCAGCCAACAUCUAUGAUCUAAUCAAGUGCUUGAAAGCAGUUAAGAUCAGAGUGUCUGUCAUUGGUCUAAGUGCUGAAGUUCGAGUCUGUACAGUGCUGACCCGAGAAACUGGAGGAACAUACCACGUUAUUUUAGAUGAAACUCAUUAUAAGGAACUACUGAUGCAUCACGUCAGUCCUCCACCUGCCAGUUCAACUUCGGAGUGCUCCCUUAUUCGAAUGGGUUUUCCUCAACACACCACUGCUUCCCUUUCUGACCAGGACGCAAAGCCAUCCUUCAGCAUGGCACAACUGGAAAACAACAGUGAGCCAUGCCUUACACUGGAUGGGUAUUUCUGUCCUCAGUGCAGAGCCAAAUACAGUGAGCUUCCUGUGGAAUGCAAGAUCUGCGCUUCAUGCAAGGGGCUUUCAGAACUGCCGCUGUAAACCUGUAUGAUGCCGUUUACUGUGAAUAAUCUGUUGUUCACGUGCCUGUUGUGAGUGCAGAACUGUUACUGACCUCACUGAGCCUAGCUGCAGCAUGUAUGUAUCUUGUUAAGUUUCACAGAACAUAUGUUUGCAAUAAUUAUAUUAAAAAAAAAUGUUGCUGUUCCCCUUGGUUCCUACAGUCAAGGUGAUGGUGGAAAAGAAAGGCAGGAGCACUGGAAAUACUUGCUAACAAGAAUAUGUUAUACCCAAAUUAUCGAAGUGUAACAAGCUGUAGGCAUUUUACUACCUUGCAUCAGUGACUGGUACACGUGUGGUUGUUCACCAGGAUGGAACAAGUAACUGACAAGCUGCCAUUCACAUCUGUGGGAGGGAUGGGUUUGUUGUAUUAAGGACGUUGAGAGAGAUUUGCACGCUGCAGGAUUUGUUUGCAGUGUCUGUAACUGCGGGCUUACAGACACUUCACUGGUAGAAGCUGCUUUCAGGGAAACUAAACAAAGAAGAGUUGGGAUGGAAUAAGAGCAUAAUGAGAGGGAGGAAGGGAAAGAGGAAACUCUCCUGACUGGCCAACUAGGAGGAGAAGCAGGAUCUGCAAGACAGUAUCCUCUUCAGGCUGCCUUCUUCAGUACUUCUGAAGACUGAGUUAAUCCUUCUAACUAGAAUUCCGGGCAAAAUAAAGGAGUUACAUAUUUAUUUGCUGUCCCUUGUAGUAAUACUGGUGUCUUCUUUUAAUUUGCAGGUCUUACACUGGUGUCUGCACCUCAUCUGGCUCGGUCUUACCACCACUUGUUUCCUUUGGAUGCCUUUCAGGAAAUUCCACUGGAAGAAUAUCAGGGAGAACG